CACAGACAAAGCAAUCCACACGAUACAGCCCCUUGUCGCAAAAAUAUCUCAAACUCUUUUAACCUUUAACUUCAAACCCAGAAACUCACAGGAAUCAAUGGCUCCAGUGAAGAGAAUCAAGCUUGGUUCACAAGGCCUGGAAGUUUCUGCUCAAGGCUUAGGCUGCAUGGGGAUGUCAGCCUUCUACGGCCCUCCCAAACCUGAGCCUGAAAUGAUCGCUUUGAUCCACCACGCCAUCAACAGUGGCAUCACUUUUCUUGACACUUCUGAUGUGUAUGGACCUCACACCAACGAAAUUCUUCUCGGAAAGGUUCAAUAUUUUUCUCUCUUCCCUUACUUUCUUGCUUUGAAGGAAGGGAUGAGAGAAAGAGUUGAAUUGGCCACUAAAUUUGGUAUCAUCUUUGCAGAUGGCAAGAUGGAAAUACAUGGCGAUCCGGCUUAUGUGAGGGCUGCCUGUGAGGCUAGCUUGAAGCGGCUAGAUGUCGAUUGUAUUGAUCUUUACUACCAACAUAGGAUUGACAGUAAAGUUCCCAUCGAAGUCACGAUUGGGGAACUCAAAAAACUAGUUGAAGAGGGCAAAAUAAAGUAUAUAGGUCUAUCUGAAGCAUCUGCUUCAACAAUUAGACGAGCUCAUGCUAUUCAUCCAAUAACAGCUGUGCAGUUGGAAUGGUCCUUAUGGUCGCGAGAUGUGGAGGAAGAGAUAGUUCCUACUUACAGGGAACUUGGCAUUGGGAUUGUUGCAUAUAGUCCUCUCGGACAAGGAUUCUUUUCAUCAGGGGCUAAGUUGCUUGAAAACAUUUCGACAGAUGAUGUUAGACGGGUGCAUUUUCCAAGGUUGCAACCUGAAAAUCUAGAUCAUAACAAAAUGUUAUUCGACCUUGUUAAUGAAAUGGCAGCGAAGAAAGGAUGCACCACAUCACAGCUUGCGCUAGCCUGGGUUCAUCACCAAGGAGAUGAUGUAUGUCCGAUUCCUGGAACCACCAAGAUCGGAAACUUCAACGAAAAUAUCAAAGCAUUGUCUGUGAAACUAACUCCAGAAGAAAUGACUGAACUUGAAUUCAUUGCUGCAGCAGAUGCUGUAAAGGGCGAUAGAUAUAUCAGCGGUGUCACCACCUACAAGAACUCCGAAACUCCACCGCUAUCUUCAUGGAAAGCUUCUUAAAGGCCAAAUCUCCACUUUCAUCCACUUUCUGCAAGCCUACUAGUGUGAUUUCACUUUAUUUUGUUGUGAGGAUAAGUGUGGUGAGAAAUUUCUGUGUUUGGUGUGGACACUGUGCAAUGUGUUUGUUGGAAAUUAAAUAAAGAUGCAAGAUCUCUUAA